AUGUGGGAUGAUGAGAAAUCCGGCAAGGUAAAAAGCACCGGAUCUGCUGCAUUUUCUUUGUGCUGUCUGAAGGGCAAGGUUGAUCUUCCGUAUCUUCCAAAACCGCCGAAACUUCUUCGUCAUUUGUGGACAGACGAAGAUCCUAGGUCCAACAAUUUUAAGGACAACAUAAGGGCGUACAACAGCAUCUCAAAUGGGAGAGGGGCAGGACUUGAUGCCUCAUUGGUUGAAGACCUCAAACGGAUGUUAGACAAGCAUAAUGUGCUUGCCGGUGCCUUCAGGCGCGUCAGAGAUUAUUUAGAGUCCAAUGGAACAACGCAGCUGUCUAUCCGUCUUUUCAGGGCCAGAGGAAAAGACCCUAGGACUUAUAACAUGCCUACCGUGGAUGAGGUGGCAGCUUUGAUUGUGGGGGACCUUGACGAUAUGCAGGAGAGGAACAAUGAGUUCGGAAAUGUUGUCAAUGCUAAAAGGUUGUUUCAACAGUUUGUCGUCGACACGUUUACCAUGAUUGAAGCUAGCAGGCUCUCUUACAUUCAGCGGAAUCAAGAAUUGAUUAGAACAGACUAUUUAAAUGGUAUUGCGGAAGCCAUCGACAAGGGGGAGACAGACCCCUCAUCUGUUGGAAAGCGAGUUAUUUUGCCACCGGCUUUUACCGGGGGACAUCGCUAUAUGUUUAACAAUUGCCAGGAUGCAAUGGCCAUAUGCAAGAAAUUUGGCUACCCGGACCUCUUCAUAACAUUCACUUGCAAUUCAGCUUGGUGUGAAAUACAAAGGUUUCUACAACCUAGGAAUCACAAGCCGGAGGACCGACCCGACAUUUGUGUCCGUGUUUUCAAAAUGAAGCUUGAUAGACUCAUGUCUGAUUUAAGAAAAGGGAAAAUAUUCGGAGAUGACAUAGACAAGCACAUAUCAGCAGAGCUUCCUGACCCCAAGCUAUAUCCGAAGUUGUACAAGGCGGUUUCGUCUUACAUGAUUCACGGGCCGUGUGGUCCAAUUGAUCCGAAAUCUGUUUGCAUGGUGGACGGCAAGUGCUCUAAGCAUUUUCCGAAAAAAUUCCAGAACUGCACCACUGUUGAUGACGAUGGAUUCCCAAUAUAUAAGAGAAGGACCACUAGAAUUACCGUCACGAAAAAAGGUGUUCCUCUUGACAAUGGGUUUGUUGUUCCGUACAAUCCUAAACUUUUAAUGAAGUAUCAGGGUCACAUCAAUGUUGAGUACUGCAACAAGUCAAAUGCUAUCAAAUAUCUGUUUAAGUAUAUCAACAAAGGACAUGAUAGGGUCAAUGUCCAAAUAUCAAAAGAUGGUGGAGGUCCAGACAAGUCACAGGUGCAAGAUGAGAUAAAACAGUAUUACGACUGCAGGUACUUAACUCCAUGUGAGGCGACGUGGAGGACUUUCAAAUUUGAUAUACACGACAGGUGGCCGCCAGUUGUCAGGUUAGGAUUCCAUCUCCCUAACCAGCAAAGGGUACUAUUAAAAGAAUCCGACGACUUCGAAGAGGUUGUUCAAAAAUGCUCCAGGAAGGAAACCAAAUUUCUGGCAUGGAUGAAAGCCAACAAGCGAUACCCAGAGGGGAGGAAUCUCACUUAUGCAGAGUUCCCAUCUAAAUUUGUAUACAGGGAAGGCGCCCAUGAAUGGGUCCCUAGAAAAAGGGGCCUCUCGCUCGGAAGAGUGCAAUAUAUUUCUCCUGGCAUGGGCGAGGUGUAUUACAUGAGGGUUCUGCUGACGCGUCAAAGAGGUUGUGACAGCUUUGAGAGCAUAAGGACCGUUAAAGGAAUUGCCUAUCCCACAUUCCACGAUGCAUGCGAAGCUAUGAGGUUAAUGGACGAUGACAGGGAGUAUAUCGAUGGAAUUGGUGACGUAAGUGUGCUGGGAUCUGGAGCUUAUUUGAGGAAUUUGUUUACUAGAAUCCUAACCACAAACGCAAUGAGCAGGCCGAAAGAAGUUUGGGAAAAAACAUGGAGGAUUCUGAGUGAUGGAAUUCUGUACGAAAGGAGGAAAGCUCUUAAUAUUCCAGAUCUCCAAAUCGACGACGACGAGCUGAUGAAUCUGUGCCUGAUUGAAAUUGAAAAGGAGCUGCAGUGCAAUGCCAGAUCUCUAAAAGAUUUCCCGUCUUUGCCGUAUCCUACUUUUGCGGAAAUUAUGAAUUUUGAGAAUAAGUUCGUUGCGGACGAGCUCAACUACAACAAGGAAGAGAUGAGCAAAAUUCAUGAGGAGUUGGCCCGUUCACUUACCGGCGAACAGAAGGCUGCGUAUAAGAAGGUGUUGGAUGCCGUCAUGUCUAAUAAGGGAGGGUUCUUUUUCCUUUACGGUUUUGGUGGAACCGGUAAGACUUUCGUGUGGAACACAUUGUCUGCCGCUGUGCGAUCUAAAGGUUUAAUUGUUUUAAAUGUUGCCUCCAGUGGGAUAGCUUCUUUACUGUUGCCCGGAGGGAGAACUGCCCAUUCCAGAUUCUCAAUACUCAUCUCAAUAAACGAAGUCUCCACGUGCAACCUUCGUCAGGGGUCGCCUAAAGCUGAAUUGCUCCAAAAGGCGAGUCUUAUUAUUUGGGAUGAGGCGCCAAUGAUGAACAAACAUUGCUUUGAAGCGUUGGACAGGUCAUUGAAUGACGUUAUGAAAACAAGAGCAAAUUACGGCAACGACAGGCCGUUCAGGGGUAAGGCUGUCGUACUGGGAGAGGACUUCAGGCAAAUUCUUCCGGUUAUUUCAAAGGGAAGCAGGGCUGAUAUGGUGGGGUCGACCGUCACUUCGUCCUACUUAUGGAAAUAUUGCAAGGUCAUGAAACUGACGGUGAACAUGAGAUUACAAAGCGCCUCAUCCUCAACGUCUGCUAUAGAGAUAAGAGAGUUCGCUCAGUGGAUUCUUAAGGUGGGCGACGAAACGGUUGACACCAUCGACGAGGAUGAGACCACGAUUGAGAUUCCGUCGGAUUUGUUGAUCGGACAGGGUCCCGAUCCUCUUCUUGAGUUGGUCAAUUUUGCUUAUCCGGACUUAGUGGCGAACUUGGAAAGCGAUUCGUACUUCCAGGAAAGGGCGAUUCUCGCCCCUACACUCGAGAGCGUUGUGCACGUCAACAACUACAUCCUGUCAAAGCUUCCUGGUGUCGAGAGAGAGUACUUGAGCUACGAUACCCCGUGUAGGUCAGAUGAGGAUUCCGAGGUUCACGCGGAGUGGUUCACCUCUGAGUUUUUAAACGACGUUCAGUGCUCGGGAAUUCCAAACCACAGACUGAUAUUGAAAGAAAGGGUUCCGAUCAUGCUUCUACGAAACAUAGACCAAGCCGGCGGUCUGUGUAAUGGGACCCGGUUGAGGGUCACUCAUCUUACUCAGUAUAUAAUUGUUGCGACUGUUUUAUCAGGAAUCAGGCUGGGGAAAACUGAGUACAUUCCGAGGAUAACCUUAACGCCUUCUGACUCUGAUCUUCCAUUCAAGUUCUCUCGAAGGCAGUUUCCGGUGACUUUAUGCUUCGCGAUGACUAUAAACAAGAGUCAGGGCCAGUCCCUUUCUCAUGUCGGUUUGUACCUUCCGAGGCCUGUGUUUACUCAUGGAUAG